AUGGCGGACCCGGGAGUGUCCGGGGACAGCGCCGGUGAGGGCGGAGGGCUGAGGCCGGGCGCGCACCGCGCCCGGGCGCGCGGCUGGCAUGCCGGCGCGCCGGCGGCCGAGUACUCCGCCUGCCAGAGGGGGCUCAAGGGAGAGGACGUCGUGAUCGUCCGCGAGGCGCGGCCGGUGGUCGAGGGCGGGCCGGCGUGGGGGCUCUACUGCAUCUGCGACGGCCACGGGGGCACGGUGGCGGCGAACUACGUGAAAUCGCACAUGUGGCGCGCGCUGGGGCCCCUGCUGCCGCGGGAGCCGGCGCCCGAGUGCGAGGACUGCGAAGGUUUCCAUGAGUUCUCUCGUCGAGUGAGGGUCGCAGUGGUUAAGACGUUCGUGAAGAUAAACGAAAGAUUCGCAAAAGAAGAUUCAGCCAUCAAGUCAGGCACCGCGGUCACGCUGGCCCUGCUGUGCGGCAGGCUCCUGACGGUGGCCAACGUGGGCAGCGCCGACGCCGUGCUGGACACGGGCACCGACGCCCGCCUGGUGACCAUGAACGACACCAUAGAUACCAACGAGGCGGAGCGCGAGCGCCUGAAGCGCGCCGGCGUGCGCCUGGCACCCCUGUCCGCCUACUACACGCGGCCAGCGCGGCAGAGGGAGCAGAGCGUGGGCCCCCUGCGGUGCUGGCCCGGCGGCGUGACGAUGUCGAGGUCCGUGGGCGACACGGGGGCCGGCGAGCAUGUGCUGGCGUGUCCCCACAUCAACCAGAUCAUGCUGCCCAGAAGCGGCACGCGGCUGCUGAUGGGCUCCCAGGGCCUCUGGGACCUCAUCCACUGGGAGAAGGCGGUGCAGAGCCUGAGGCGCGUCCCCACGAAGCACGCCGCCUCGCGCGUCAUCGAGCUGGCUGUGGUCCAGAACAACUUGUCCAUCCAACAGGACACGACGGCCAUCGCGGUGGACGUCCUGCUGCCCGCCUGCAGCGACUUCCCCAAGUUGGCCAGGGCCAAGGCGACUUGGAAGCGCUCCGAAAAGCCCCGCGGGCCCCUGUCCGGCGUGCGCAUGUGUCUGGGCAUCGAGGCCAACAAGUACCACCAGGCUGUGGCGAGGUUCAGGUGCGACAAACCCCGCGUGGUGGCCAAAGUGGACGGGUGGGAGGUGUGGAAGAGCCUUCAGGAGCCGUCCAUCUCCGACAGCUGCUCGAGCCACUGGGCGAUCGUGGCGGCUGCCAGCGGCCCAGGCGGGCCCCAGGGGCCCGGCGGGCGGCCGGGCCCCAGGCGGCAGAGGUGGCGCGCGGCGGGGUACUCGGAAAAGGGGUGCAGGCGGCGCGGGUGCGGCGUGGCGGGGGGCUGCGCCUGCGCGCCGGUGUCAUGCUUCAUGGAGCGCGACGGCGGCAGGGGGGGACGCACCACGGCGUCGAUGCUGAGGCGCAGCAUCAGCUGCGGACGGCGGCGGUCGCCGAGGAGCCCAUCUGGAGUGGACGGGAGCGGACCGGACGCGACCGCACAACCAAGCGCUGGGCAGGCGCCCGCGUCCCGCAGGCGCGGAUCGCUCCAGCGGGUUUCCGCGAUCGAGGAGCGGCCCUCCGAAGAGGCGGCGGUCCAGCAGCACCCGCAGGCAUCCACGUCGAUCUUGGAGGUUCCUCCCGCAGGGGUGUCUAUCCUGGCGGCUCUGGGCCCCGGGUCCCCCACUGGUACCUGGUCCGGCGGGGGGGGGUCCCCGUGGGCCGGUAGCGCGGGCCUCGCGAGCCCGGGCCCGCGGCCGAAUGGGCGGGCCCGGGACUGGAGGGAGGACUCGGCGAGAGCCAGGCCGGACGAUUCGGUUGUGCAUCCUGCGGCCAAGUCGAUGAUGCGGGAAGGGAAUGUGAUGGAGGGGGGGGGGUCAAGCCGGUGCGGCUUGGGCAAAGGGGGUGAGGACGGCGGGGCCGGCACCGAGGUGUCCGCCUGGCGGAAGUUUUCGGCGACGAUCGACGGGACCCAGGGGCUGGGACUGGCCCCGGGGAGGCCGGCGUCGGGGAUAGGGCCGGAGGACGCCGCUGUGCUGUGGUACGCCGUUGGGGGGCCCCAAGGCGGCGGGGCGCCCGCCCCCCGCCAGGUUACCACCUAUUGA